AUGUACUCCGCUCAGCAAACCAACGCUGAUAAUGCGACGAUCAAUCCAGCUGCGCUCAGCUCACCUGGUCUAACGCAACAACCUCAGCGCACACUCAAGCGCAGUCAUUCUCCUGGACUUUACGACGCGCCGCAGCUUGGCGAUGACGGUGAUACGAAACCACUUCGAAAAAAGGCAAGACCGAUGAAUAAACGAUCAACAGGGAGCAUUUCCGAGGCUCCCGGGCAGGCCGCAGGCCCGACCCUUCCUCAGUCUAUUCCUCCACCGCAGACUCCCCAGUCUCAAGGCUCAGCGUUGCCACAAACGAGUCCUGCCUACGCGCCGCAGACGCAGAUGCCCCCCAAGACAACUCCAACAAAGUCAACACUGAAGGCGCUGCCCACUGUGCGAGACCACACGACCGACCAGCUCAACCCGACUGGAGAUGAGUAUAUACCCCGCGAAAUCGAUGAGUUCGGAGAGAAGAAAGUCCAGCUCAACGGCACGCUUAACGGAGGACGAGAAUACAAGUGCCGAACAUUCUUGGUUCCUAACCGUGGGGAUAAAUUGUUCAUGUUGGCUACCGAAUGUGCUAGGGUUUUGGGCUACCGUGAUUCGUACCUUUUAUUCAACAAGAACAGAUCCCUGUACAAGAUUAUUGCAAGCCAGGCCGAAAAGGAUGAUUUGGUUGGGCAAGAAAUCCUUCCCUUCUCAUAUCGCUCCAGGCAGAUUGCCAUUGUCACCGCCAGGUCUAUGUUCCGACAGUUUGGAAGCCGUGUGAUUGUCAACGGUCGCAGAGUUCGCGAUGACUAUUGGGAAACCAAGGCCCGGAAACAGGGAUUCACUGAGGCUGACCUUGCCGGUGAGAAGCGCCCCGGUGCUACAAAGGCAAGAGAGGCGGCCGAGGCCCAGCAGAACAACGUCUUGUUAGCUGGUCCCCAUCCAGAGAUUGUGUAUAGCAACAACCCAGGACCGUUCCCCGGCCCCCCACAGCCGCACCUCGUUCAACCAGGAUCAGACCUGAGCGACUCCCGGCCGCGCGAUUAUUCAGGAAUUCUCAAAGGCGGACCUCGUCAGGAGAUCACCGGCCCUGCUUACCAAGACCAGACUCGUCCUUCGCCCCUCGGGGAGCUCAACGCCCAGGCCCAUCAUGCCGCAGAUUUCAACAGGUCAGUUAAUCAGCAGCGGGACAUGCGCAACGACUAUCUCCAGGGCGUUUGGCGACGCCCACAUGAGCAGCCCCCCUCCAAUCUGACCCAGCAGCCUGUGGCCUCGGCCGACAAUUCCAACACGGCGACCAGCAGACCUUCACAUUCACCUCAUACUACGGCUACGGCCAUGUCGCAGCAGCCUGGAUUGGUUUCCACUCAGAGCCCUCAAAUGAUGAUGACCACUGCGCCCUACUCCCAGUCGAUCAGCGCGCAGAGCAGUCUCAGUCAAGCACCCAUGAGAGGUAUGGCUCAAUCACCAACGCAGUCGAUCAGACCAACACUUCCCGGUUCAGCGGGCUCCAUGUCUCAGGGCACGCCUGGUUACAACUACCAAUCGGGCCAAAUGUGGCCGCAGACUCCGCAGGCGCCCCAGCAUAGCUACGGCAGCUACACUGCUCAGUCUCAAGCACCUCACCCGUCGCAGUCACCUUCGCAUCUCCGUCAAGGGAGCUCGGGUCAGAUGCAAAGUAUGCAGUUCCCCGGCAUGGCUGGUAUGCAGUAUGGUGCGGGUCAGAGUAUGUACCCUGCAGAUCAAACGCCUCGGCAAUACAUGCCUCAAGGUGGCACUGGUGGACCAUCGGUCUCCCAAGGCUGGUCCGGUCAGCAUUCGCCAGCCCAGCAAUGGUGGACUCCCGGGCAACAGCCUCAAUAA